UAUAAUUCUACUAUAUACACUCAUUCACACACCUUCUAUGAUAGUCACAAGCACUAAGCAAGUAGGCAAAAAGACCCACUACCAACAUCAACUUGCCAAUUUACAUGACUAAAAAAAGGCAAUGAAAGUCCCAUUUAAAAAGGAUCUUCCCCCCCUUCUUUCCAUCCCACCACAAAACACACUCAAAAAAACUUCAAUUCUCUCUUUUCUCUCUAAAAACUAAACCAGCAAAAAACUUAACAUCUUGUUUAAGAGAGUACAUAUAUAUAUAAUCAAACCAUAUAUAUAUAUUUCUUGAUCAUGUUGCGUACAUUGUCCGCGCUUAGGCAACAAAUCGCCACCAAGAGAAAGAGUCCAAAGGUCGCCGAUGAAACCAUGUUUAGUAACACCAACAUGGAUGCAUCAGGCAUGCCUAUAUACGCCCAUGACAUAAAUCGUACCACCCGGCGGCAACACCAAGCUUGGAAUAACGGACUCUCGGUUAUUUCUACCAUUGUUCGUAUCCCGUUUUCUAUCCUUUCUUGCUUCUCUCAACACCAUGGAAACCCCUCGGACGCUAUGUGGGUUACCGGAGAAAUGGUUAGAACUUCGUCGGAGAUUGAUCAUCUUAUGAUCAGUGACAGCAUGCGUUAUGCAAUUUUGAUGUAGAUCACACUCUUUUAUUUAAGUAGGUUUUUUUUUUUUUUUUUUUUUUUUUUUUUUUUUGGGUUGAGGGUUUCCAAGAGUAAAAUAUACCAGUGGAUGUAAGAGCUAUAUGAACUACCAGUGGAUGUAUUUAGUCUCUGUAAAUUCUAGCUAAUUAUCUUGGAAAAUAAGGGUUUUUUUUUUUCUUUUUUUUAAUCUUCAAAGUAUAAUGACUUUCGGUUUAAGCUUGGGUUGGAGUAGGUAAAGCACUUUUUUUUUUUUUUUUGGGUGGUCCAAUAUAUGAGAAAGCUAAAAUUGUAUUUGUACAGAAAUUAAAUGGAAACUAAAAUUUGUACAUAUAGCUUAACCAAAAAUGUAUUAGGAUGUCACAUAUUUUGAUAUUUGAUAUGCAAUUUGUAGGAGAUAUAUCCACAAUGAAAAGAUGAUAUAUCCAGAGUUGAUGUUUACUAAUAUAAAAAUCCGGUAUAAAUCUAAGUUUGAUGUUUAUCAAUGUGAAAAACCAAUUUCAUUA